GGACCGAACUGAUGGUCCGGUCCACGGUUCUUCUUGAACUGACCUGAUGAUGGUUCUCUGAAUUUCCUAGAGAACAGCUGUACUUAUCUUUUAUCAAGUCGCUCUCUGGCCGGUACAAGUGGUGAAUGAUAAAACGCUUCAUUACGGCCACAGUAAACUAAAUUUAAACUCGAACUAACUCGAUCAUGGUCCCCGGCUCAUGAUGUGAAAGACAUCUUUUGAACUCUUUGAAAUGGAGUAUUCGAUUGACGAUGUCGCAGCAGCAAGGAGUUUGCAGCUCUCCACGUACAUAUAUACAUCGAUGGCUGCGUUCUGGGCCUAUGAUUAUGCAUGUUCACUUCAUGAAGAGUGGAUAUUUUUGCUUCAAUCGCACUGGAGCAAGAUGAAAGGCGUGUAUAUUGUUACAAGAUACCUUCCCUUUAUCCUUCUCGUCAUAGAUCUAUAUAUGAUCUUUACCCCGAAUGAGAACCUAGUUACAUGCGGGAUGUUGGCCAAUAUUAGCUUAGGGUUCGGCAUUCUAUUAUCUGUUUGCGCCGAGUGGUUUUUCAUCCUCAGGACAUAUGUACUCUGGGACAGAAAUAAAAUUUUGCUAACGGCCAUCUUGGGCACCUAUCUCUCGUUUCUCGCAGCAACCAUCGUCAUUGCCAUCGACGCUAACAUCUCCGCAGCAUAUGCGACUAGCCCGAUCCCGGGCAUCACAGGGUGUUACCAGAGUUCAACCAGUGACCGGAUUUUUAUCCCAUUUGUUCUCUUUUCUGUGUUCGAACUGGGGCUGAUCAUCAUCACGCUCAUACGUGCCAUGCAGGGCUGGCGGAGAACCCCGUGUCAUCUGUACGUUGUCCUGGUGAACCAUAACAUAUUCUAUUAUACUAGUUCUUUCUUUUUCGCGACAAUGAACAUGUUCACAUCGCUGUUCCUCCAGGACUCCUACCGGACAGUUUUGAAUGGUUUCCAGUUCCUGACCCUUGCGAUCUUUGCCGCGCGCAUGCACAUCCAUCUCUGGCAGACAAACCAACAUCCACGUGGCCCUAGUAGCAUGAUCCAUUUGUCAGACAUGUCAUUUGUGGAUAUCACGGCGUGAUGUCUUGUCCUGCGGUUUAUUCAGUGUCGUUCAUGGAGUGAGGCUUGGGCUGUACGAGAUGAUUGGUGGGGGUUUGGUAGAGUUCGUUACGUAUUUGA